AUGGUUGAAGACAUUGAGACUAGCUUUCAAGCUGCCAUUGAUGCCGGGAGCAUCAAAGGCGCCAUUAUAUGCGCCACGAAUACUGAACAUAGUUUUGUCUAUGAAAAGGCGCUUGGUGAGCGUACUCUGCUCUCAGGCGAGAAGCGGACGCAGCGACUGGAUGAUAUUAUCUGCCUGGCCUCAGCUACCAAGCUGAUAACAACCAUCGCCGCUCUGCAAUGUGUCGAGGAUGGCCUGUUGACCUUGACUGGUGAUUUGUCGGCUAUUAUGCCCGAGCUCGGGGAAAAGCAAGUACUUCGCGGUUUUGCCGCCGAUGGGGAGAAACCUCUGUUUGAGGCGCAGGAGCGUUCCAUCACGCUUGAGAUGCUGCUCACGCACAGUGCCGGCAUGAGCUAUUGGUAUUCAGAUCCACAGAUUCGUCGUUGGCGUGAAAAGUUUGGCUCUUCGCGAGCAGAGGGCCGCAAAGUGGUGGAGGAGUAUUUUGACCAUCCGCUCAGCUAUCAACCCGGUAGUGGUUGGAAAUACGGGCCUGGCCUUGAUUGGGCGGGUCGAGUAGUAGAGCGAGUGACCGGCAUGACCUUGAGCGAGUGGAUGCAACAACGAAUAUUCAAUCCUCUCGGCAUUACAGACUUCGAGUUCCUUCCUGUUACCCGCGAAGACCUACGCGCCCGCCUUGUCGACCUUAAUCCGGACGACCCAGAAGGCCUUGGUCGUGCAGUUUUCGGCGGAAAACUCACAUACGAUGACACCCGUGGAGAUUUUGGUGGCCAUGGUCUCUUUAUGAUGGGUACAGAUUAUAUCAAGAUUCUGCACUCUCUACUUACCAACGAUGGUAAGUUGCUCGAGUGCGCGACGGUCGACAGUAUGUUCCUGCAUCGCCUCAGUCCAGAAGCGACUGCAGCGCAUCAAGCCGCGUUGAACAGUCCAUCUGGAACCGUUAUUCGCAUGGGCGUUGCUCCCGAGACGAAAGUUGGAUUCGGAUUGGGCGCCUUGUUGACGCUGGAAGAAGCACAGGGCUGGUAUGGUAAACAUACUUUGACAUGGGGAGGCGGGUUUACCCUCGCUUGGUUUCUCGAUCGCGAAAACGGUCUCUGCGCCAUCUGCGCCAUCCAGGCCACCCUUCCACUGCAACAGGACGUAGUGAACGCGCUGAAGCAGAAUUUUCGCCACGAUAUUUACCACAAGCACGUUGCGUGGAAAAAUAAGUUGGUAUAA